UUUAACCGCAAUGGAUUCGGUCGCGGAUGUAAACAAUUGUGCGUUAUCGGAGUCGAAUGCAAGAAUGGAUACUACAGAUAAUCAGUUUGAAGACUUAAGCUCCGGGAGUGAUGAUGAAUGGCUUGGCGUUGAAGAAGAAGUACCACUCACGUUGCAGACACUUUGUAUCUUCUGUCCUGAAAUAUUCAACAGUGCUGAACUCAUGUUCGAGCAUUGUCACUCACAGCAUAUAUUCGACAUAGUCACCUAUAGCAGAAGAAUGGGCUUGAAUUGCAUCAAUUACAUUAAGUUUAUUAAUUAUGUCAGGUCACAUACAUUGUCUUCAUCAGAGAUUAUGGAGUUUUCCAAAAAUACUGCUCCUUGGCUGAGAGAUAAAUAUAUGAAACCACAUGAUGCUUCUGAUCCAUUGUUGACAUUUGAUAUUGAAAGUUAUAUAAAGAAAAAGCUUUCUGAAAGGUCAGAUGCUGAUGACAACAUCACAAUGCCAUCUUCACAUUUUGAGUCUAUAUUGCAGAAACUUGCACGCAAGGAAAUGAAACUGCAGAAUGCUUAUGAUCGUAUUGACCGCAUGAAAGAAGCUGCCAAAACUGUCCUCCUAUGUCCCAAUCAGUCUUCCACUCCCAGUCAUACAACAUCUAAUAGUAGAAUGUCUGAAGAAUCAAGGUCUAAUGAUGAUGAUGAUCAUUACUUUAGCACCUAUGAUCAUUUUGCUAUUCAUCAUGAAAUGCUCCAGGAUGAUGUGAGGACUUUGUCAUAUCAAGAAGCAAUUUUGAAAAAUCCUGAAGUGUUUCAUCAGAAAAAAGUUCUUGACGUUGGUUGUGGAACAGCAAUCCUUUCCAUGUUUGCUGCUAAAGCAGGUGCAGCUGAAGUGAUGGGUGUUGAUAAGUCGGAUGUAAUAUUUCAGGCAAUGGAUAUUGUGAGAGAAAAUGGCUUUGACCCAGUCAUAAAUUUAUUCAGAGGUCGAGUUGAAGAUAUGCCUAUUCCAGAUGCAAAAGUCGAUGUCAUCGUAUCUGAAUGGAUGGGAUACUUUUUGCUCUUUGAGGGCAUGCUGGACAGUGUCAUUUAUGCUAGAGAUAAAUUUCUAGCUCCUGGUGGUCACAUGUUUCCUGACAGAUGUACCAUAUCUCUUCUUGCUGUGUGUGAUAUGGCAAAAUACAAACAAUAUGUUGAGUUCUGGAAUGAUGUGUAUGGGUUCAAGAUGUCUGCUAUGAAGAAGGAUGUCAUAAAGGAGGCAAAUGUUGAAGCUGUGAGUGCUGAAGUAGCAUGCAGUGAUCCAGUCAUAGUUAAAGAAUUAGACCUGACCUACUGUGCCGUGGAAGAUACAGAAUUUGUUUCACCUUUUGAGCUUGUUAUGACCAAGUCUUGCAAAGUUACUGCUAUUGUAGGAUAUUUUGACUCCUUUUUUGAAAGGGGUCUUAAGCAUAAGGUUCUUCUUUCUACCUCUCCAAAAGCUAAACAAACCCAUUGGAAGCAAACUAUGUUCCUGCUCCCUAAUCCUGUCGAAGUAAAUAAAGGGGAUUCAAUCGCAUGUAAAAUAACUUGCCGAAAAAACAGGAGAGAUCCUAGAAGUCUCAUAGUAAAAAUAAAUUUUGGCGAAAGCCAAAAUUUUUACUACCUUUCAUGAGUUUGUAUAAGUGUAUAAAUUAAUAAUGUACAUUCAUUUUUGUAUCUUAAAUAAAAAUAAACAAUUG